GGACUUCGUUCUGCUGCUGGCGCGAAGAAUGUUCGACGUGUACCAGCGCCUGCUUCAUUACCCAGUUUAAAAAGUGAAAAUUUGGGAAAUGAUCCUUCUGUAAGCAUCGUACCUUCUGGUGGCUUAGGAUGGGGAAAUGUAGAAAAAAACGAUCAAAGUAGUAAUAAUACACCAGCCACGACAACUACUCGAGUGUCCCCAGCUGUAAGCCAGUCAGAAUCUACUACCUCUGGUGCAACGCAACGAAGCCAAGAAGUAGAUCAAAAU